AUGCAUUUCUCCAAAGUCGCCGGGGUUGUUGCCCUUGGUCUCCUGAGCAGCCUGUCUUUCGUCAGGGCUGGGACAGACCUUGACACGAAGAGUCUUCGUGGUCGUUUUGUGGGUAGCGGGGCCAAUAUCGCGGCUGCUCACGUCAACGCAGUAGAGAGACGCGAUCCCCAGCUUGAUAGUCGGAGCCCCUUUGCUGCUGCAUUGACCUUUGAAGUCCGAGAGCACAACGCGGGCGAGGAAAAGAAGGCCAAAAACGAAAAUGAGAAGAAGAAGGGUGCUGCUGGUGCAACAAGCGCAGCUGGCAACAGUACCACAACUGCUACAGGGAACAAGGACAAGAAAAAGGGAGAGAAGGCCAAAGAUGCCCACGGAAAGAAGAAGGGUGCAGGAGCAGGCGCUGCUGCUGCGGCCGGCAAUAGCACCGCCGCUGCUACAACGAACCCGGACGCUGGCUCUGUCUCGUCGCUGAACGGCGCCGCCAAGGGAAAGAAGGGCAAAGCUGGCGGCAAUACCACCUCCGCAGCAGCCGAUGCUGGGACGUCAAGCAGCGCAGCGUCUGGAAAUGUCAAUGCCAAUGCGAAUGGAAACGGCAAUGGUAACGGCAAUGCGGCAUCGAACAGUGCAGGCGCCUCGGACCUGCUGGGAUCUCUCCUCGGUGCGUUGGGGAAUGAUUUAGGACUCCGCGAUGUCGACGAGUCUGCUUUACCGGUAGACGCUCUACCCGUCAAGCGCGCCGAAGAAGCGAAGGAAGAGGCAAAAGCAGCCAAGGGCAAGGUCACUGUCAAGGGCAAAAAUGGAAAGAAUGGAAAGAACCAUGGACAAUAA